AUGGCUGGAAUCCUGCCGGUGUCCGCCGACAGUCGGCGCCCCAGCACCCAUAGCGUGGGCAUCCUGCCCAUUUCCAUGUUCGGAGAGGGCGGGGAGAAGCCCCGGCGCCCAAGCACCCAUAGUCUUGGGGUCUUCCCGUUCGGUUGCUUCGGCGAUGAGAAGCCAGAACGCCCUCGACGAUGUAGUACCCACAGCCUGGGGCCUCUAGUAGUACCCGAUCUGGAUCGACGGGGCAGCCGAGGGAGUAUAUUCGGCACCCUGGGCAUCGGGGAGCUGACGGGGGGAGGGGGACCCUCGCAGAGUGGGCGGCGGCCAAGUUUUCAAGCUUUUGGAGAAAGCGUGAUGCAACUGUUUGGUAACAAAUAA